AUGGAAAGUGAUGAAUUAUCAACAGCAGAUCCCGAUCAAGAAAAUAAGAUUCUUCUUGAACCUUAUGAAUACAUACGGACUAUACCUGGCAAACAAAUACGACCAAAAUUGAUCAAAGCCUUUAAUCUUUGGCUUCAUAUACCUGAAGAUAAACUUCUUGUUAUCGGAGACCUUGUUGAAAUGCUUCACAAUGCAUCACUACUUAUCGAUGAUAUACAAGAUAAUUCAAAAUUACGUCGUGGUUCACCUGUUGCACAUAGUAUCUAUGGUGUUCCGUUAACUAUCAAUGCUGCCAAUUAUGUUUAUUUUUUGGCUAUGCAAAAAGCUCUUACAUUAAAGCAUCCAGAUGUGACACAAAUUUUUGUUGAUCAAAUGCUCGAAUUACAUCAUGGUCAAGGAAUGGAAAUAUGGUGGCGUGAUAAUUUUGUAUCGCCAUCUGAAGAUGAAUAUCGUCAAAUGGUGAUGAGAAAAUGUGGUGGUCUAUUUAAUUUAGGUGUACGUCUUAUGCAAUUAUUUGCACCAAUAGAAAUACGUAAUACAUAUAAUUUUGACAGAUUAUGUCAAUUACUAUCACUUUUAUUUCAAAUUCGUGAUGAUUAUUGUAAUUUAAUAUCCGAAGAAUAUGCAACAAAUAAAUCGUACUGUGAAGAUUUAACAGAAGGAAAAUUUUCAUUUCCAAUAUUACAUGCUGUUAAUACACGUGAAAAUGAUACACGUAUAAUACAUAUAUUAAAACAACGUACACAAGAUGUUGAAUUAAAACGUUAUUGUGUUCAAUUAUUACAUGAUUUUGGUUCAAUUGAAUAUACACGUCAAACAUGUGAUGAAUUAUCAAAACAAGUCUAUGAUGAAAUUGAUGUUUUAGGUGGAAAUAAUUAUUUAGAAAAUAUUAUACAAGGAUUAAUGGAAGUAUUUCGUAAUGAUGAUCAAGAUGACGAAAAUGGUAAUGUUGAAGGUACUGAAGAAGUUGAUACAUUUGUAACUGAUCAAAUUGAUGAUGAUGAACAAGGAUCCUAUGAAGAAAAUAAUAGAAACUAUAAGAAGAUGACACCGACUCCUAAUACUAAUGGUAGAUAUCAUACUUGA